ACCUUCAUGCGCUUUAGGAAAGGUGAAGGUGUUCAAGCACGUGUUUAGACAGGGAUAUAUGGUGUUUUUCUAACCCUGAUGGUCUCAGGUUACCUGUGUUAGGCUAUGAUAAUGAGUAAUGUUCAGGAUGCAUACAGGUUCAGAGAGCUGUUGAGCAUCUAUUAUGCUCUGCAGGGGCUUCAGACAACACCAGACCUUGAUCCCAGAGCGAUGAUCUUCACACCAGAACAGGUCAUUUGUGUUUGCGAGGUCCUUCUGCAGUCUGGGUGCAUCGAUCGGCUGGCUGGCUUCCUCCGCACUCUUCCUCCCUCUUCCUCCCCCUCCUCCUCUUCAGGCCUUGAGGAGCUGGAGAGUGUCUUGAAGGCCAAGGCUGCCGUGGCCUUCCACCACGGGCGUUUCUCAGAGCUCUACGCUUUGCUUGAGAGCUUUCGCUUCUCGUCGAGCAGCCACUGGUUCUUGCAGCAGCUCUGGCUGAGAGCCCACUACAUCGAGGCCGAAAGCCAGAGGGGCCGGCCCCUGGGAGCUGUGGGGAAGUAUCGAGUAAGGAGAAAGUUUCCUCUCCCGCAAACCAUCUGGGAUGGGGAGGAAACGAUUUACUGCUUUAAGGAGAAAUCUCGGAGUAUCCUGAAGGAAUGGUACAGGCAUACGCCAUAUCCCUCCACGCGGGAGAAGAGGGAGCUCGCGGCGGCUACGGGCCUCACAGCCACGCAGGUCAGCAACUGGUUCAAGAACCGCCGGCAGAGAGAGCGGGCCACGCAUGUUAGUUUACCAGAAAGAUUCUCCCCUGGACCUCCUCGAGAAAUCCACCCGUUUUCAGCGACGUCAACUCAAGACAACUCCCGACCCCAGCUGCACCACCACACCCCUCCACCUCUUUGUCAUCCACCUUUUUUCCUGCAAGAACCAUUUGGAGACCACUCCAGUUUUUGACUCCUUUCUCAGCUCUGUGUUCUUUUUUUCCUUUUUGUUUUAUUACUAAAAUUUGACCAAACAAACAAUUAUCCAGGACAUACACAAUGAAAUGAUAUAAAGGCUUCCAUUGGAUUGGACAUUCCCAGUCUUCCCUGUACCGUAAACCUUUAUUCACAACUGCUACACCUCUUUUGGGUCUUGUUUAACACAUUCUGUAUCCAGAGGCUGCAUAUAGUAACAGCAAUUUUCAGUGUUUUUGACCUCACAGGAAUGAAUAAACUGAUUUUUUUUCUUUGAGUUAAAAAUGAUCACAUUUUGUUUCUAACAACAUCUUUAAAGUUGUAAGUGUACAGAACGCAGCCCGGUGAUCGGGAUUCUCUCUGAUCUGAAAGCAUGCCAGAUCAAUUAUUCACCAAUGUAAGCUGCUGAUGUUCACUGUUGACAGGUUAGAGACAUCUGAUGAGCACAGCUGCCUCAUAAAAGUGCAUCUUUCUUCCAUUAAGAAGAUAAAUCUA